AUGAUCAAUGGACCGGGAGAUUUAAGAAGAUCGCAACCAGAUUACACUAACGCCGCAAACAAUGGACCAUUAUCAUCUCAACAACAACAGAUUUCACAAAAUUUGAGUAUGAAGUCCAAAUCAUCUAAUCGAAACUAUCAGCAACAACCAGAAGGUCCUGGUGAUGCUAGAAGAUUGUCAAAUUCUCCUAAUAUGUUUUCUUCACCACCACCAAUUUCGUCUCAAGUUCAAUAUCAAUCUCCACAGGGUGGAUAUCAACAAGUACAAGGACAAAUGAACCCUCAGAAUCUAGUUCUUACUCAAGGAAGGAUUUCUCCUAGACAAAUUACGGCAUCCCCAAGUCAUACUCCUUCUAACAACAUCAACAACAAUAAUCUAAACGAUCUAAACAGAUCAGAUACUCAACGAACUACUUCUUCUAAUACUAGUAAUAAUUCUUUGGGCAUACAAUUAGACGUAAAUGGUCGCGUUAAGCAAGAUGACUUGGCCGAAGCUUUUAUUGCUAAUGGUGGUAGACUGCCUCCCGAGUCCGCUAAAUUCCAAACAAGACCGCAGGGAAUACCUCAAGGAGGUCAGAUGAGUCCACAAGGACAACCUAUUUUUCAAUAUAAUAGUUUUAAUAGACCAUUACAACAAAUGCCUACCAAUCCAUCUGUAAUUACAUCUCAGUCUUCUUAUAAUGGUCCACAUCAGCAGCUACAACAACAAUCACAUCCUCAAGUACACAGAAGUAAUACGGUGAAUUCAGGCUCUACUUUAAAUAAUGCUUUCCCUUAUAAACAACCGCAACAAGGAGUUAAUGUUAAUUCGCAACUUCCUCAGGGUAGUAUAGGUAGACCACAAGGCAGUAUAGGUAGACCACAAGGUAGUAUAGGUAGACCACCACAUAGAAGAACUUUACCCGUUGGUAUUCAACAGUCUCAAUCACAACCACAGAUACAACCAACGCAAUUAUUACAACAAACUAUAGGAACCCAAGUACUGGGACAUCCUCAAACUCAUUAUCAAAAUCCAAAUUUCUAUAGUCCCCCUGUUAGUGGAUAUCCAAGACCUCCUAUUGGAUCUGCUAAUAUUGGCGGGAGUGCUCAAGGAUUUCAACAAAUGCAAUAUCAAAGACAACCCUUACCAGGAUCCGAUAUACCCGAUUCCAGUGGCUCUCAAAAUCAUCCACGUACCGAAGAUGGUAAACCGAUCGAAUUUUACGUUAAAGCAUUAUAUGAUUAUCAAAAAACUAUACCCGAAGAAAUGUCAUUUACAACUGGUGAUGUUAUAGCAGUAAUAAGCACUCAUAGUGAUGGUUGGUGGGAAGGUGAAAUAGUAGAUGAUUCAAGAAAGAAUAGAGGUUUAUUCCCUAGUAAUUAUACUAAAGUAUUAGAGUAG